GAACUUCCCUCUGUAUUAUGAUAUGUGCGCUCAGAUUCUGAAGAAGAAGAAAUGUAGCUACACCGGGAACUGCACGUUUGCACACAGCCAGGAGGAGAGGGAGAUGUGGAUGUACAUGAAGAAUAAUAACUUGCGGAACAUGCAGCAGGUUUAUGACAUGUGGCUGUCUUUGGCCGCUCAAAACUGCCAAGCAGACGGAGCUGCGUUCUCUCAGCCCAACCCAGAGGAAAAAUGUAUUGUGAUGCCAACGGACUAUGCCGAACCAAUGAGUGGUGUCUACUGCCAUCUGUGUGGUAAACACAGCAACGGCGAGCGUCAGUGGCAACAGCACAUUUCUUCAGAGAAGCACAAGGAUCGAGUGUUUAGCUGCGAGGGAGAAGAAGAGGCUUUGACGUGGGACUACCGCUUCCCUGGGACACGCUUUAAAAUCUGCCCCAAAGUCAAAGGCGGCUGUCCUGACGGUGUGAGCUGCGACUACGCUCACGGCCCGGAGGAGCUGCAGGAGUGGAUCGAGAGGCGCGAUUUCCUGAGACAAAAGCUGGCCAAGGCCAGGGAGGACAUGCUCAUCAUGCCUGCUGAGUUUGACUUUGGGAAAUAUAACUUUCUGCUUCAGGACUGA